AGCCACACCCACACCCACACUGUCUUUGUUCUCCGUUGACCGGCAGUGCCAACGUCGUCUUCUCCAGAAUAUGGAGGCAAAUAUGACAACACCCCAUGAUGGUGGGGAUGAAGAAGAGUAUGUUUUGCUUGACUUGGAUGGUGUCUCUAACAUAAUUAACAUUCCACCAAAUGCUAAAUAUAUUCUCACUGGCCUUGAUACAUUAAACCCCGUAUUGAUCAUUGAUGACAAGUUGAAGCUGAUUGGGGAGUAUGAAGAAACAAUCGGCACAUGUAUAGCCUUCACAGAACAAGAUAACCCCGUGGUUCAUGAAGAAUCUGGACCAUCUGAUGCGAACCUUUUCUCUGCAACAAGAAUAAUCGAUUCAAAUCAGCCUCCAACAAAGGAAGUGAAACCUCUAUGCCAGCUUCAUAAGGUUCUCAAGUUUAAAAUCUCACCUGAUUCUGAAAUUCAAAGUGCAACAACUAAGGAUGCCAAAUGAAUUUAAAUCGUAUUACAAUAUUCAGUUUUCCUAUCAUUUUCUCAUAUCUACAUAGAUUAUUAAACUGGUUGAACUAAUGGCAGUUGCAUGUAAUUGGGAGAACAAAGAAAAAAAAAUGGCGAGGUUUGUAUUGCACUGUACAGUACUACAGUAGUAGGCUUUAGAAGCCUUUGAUUUCCUCCUAGAUAUGUACAAAGUUAAAAAAAAAAUUAGUGUACUUUUUAAUUUAA